AUGGCGGUCGACUGCAUCUCGAUGGCCUCACUCCAUCACCCCCACCAUCCCUACAACCAAAGCUCAAACUCAAAUAUCUCCCGCUCCAAAAGCGUAGGAAGCUCAAGCGGAACAAGAGGCAGAAGCAGCAGCAGCAGCAACAACCCCUACGCUCGCUUCAUGUCCCCAGCACCAUCCGUCUACUCCCAAGCAUCAGACUACUCAAGCACAUCCGUGCCAUCCGUCUGGUGGACCGGCUAUCCGGAGCACCAUCCGGUCGAGCCGAAGCGCCGCCGUGACAGCACUUCCUCCAUUAAUUCAAUCAGUACAAUCGGUGUACCCCGACGUAGUCGCUCAGGUCGCUACUCUCGGAACUCCACGCUCGUGAACCCAGAUAUCAUUGACGAGCUGGAUGACAUCACUGUCUACUCUUACCACCACGAGGGACCUUAUGAUGCGGCUCGUCCGGAGCGGAAUCGCGUUACCCAGCUUAGUCCGCUUGAGGCUGUGAAAGAGUCGAAUGAGGAGGCUUUGCGCGCGACGCCGCGGGAUAAGAUUAUUGAUUCGAUCCAGGGUCAUCGGCCGUUGGAUGGGACUGCUUUUUUCCCUCCCGGGACUACGGAUCCGAAUGGACAGUCUUAUGAGUAUGAGGAGGGCUCGAAUAUGAUGAAUGAGUAUGGGAACUUUUUGCGUCUUCCUGGGAAGAAAUUCACCGAUGAGGACUUUAAGAAUGAUCCUUUCUACACCCAGCCUAUCUCCAAUCCUUUUACACAGCUGAAGAAGAAGCUCAGUCUCCGUCGGAAGAAGAACCGUCGCAGUAUGAUUUGA